CCAAGGUGUAUAUACGUAAGAGUUGUCAUUGUGGCGUGAUGCCGAGAGCCUGCCCAUCGCAGGCGAGCAGGUGAAGGAAUCCCGACUACAAACGGCACUAUGGAAGAGGCCGAGAAUCAGCAUAACGAGCCUGAGCAGCUCAGAGCCCAGCAGUCCCAGCCCAGUGGCAUCCGGAUUGAGCAUGUCGGGGGUCUGGGCAGUCUGGGCGCCCAGAUCCACCCGCCACUCACCAGCCCCGGAUUGAAGCAGAACUGGGGCAGAAUGGGGCCCCAAGCCGAUGACUCCAAGGCCUCUGCUCUGCCUUUCUGCUUUUUUCAUGCUUUGGGUGCUGAUCAUGACCGGCUUCGAGCAGAGUUUGUCGCCUGGUCGCACGGUGCUGGUCCACCUCGUCUCGGCGCUGGUAUCCUGAUUCCUUUGCCCCAGCUUGGCCUUUUGCUGUUGAAUCAACAGAACGCAAGGGAAUCCUGCAGCAGUCUUUUCUCUGGGCUUUUGGGAAUUUUCUGGCCACCUUCCAGAGAGAUUCCAUCCGUCACAGCUCCACGUGGAGCAACGAGGAUGGAAAUGAAACAGCAGAUCCUCUAUUUAAUGAAUCCUGUAGACUCUGAGAGAGGCAAAGUCUACUGACAACGUACGAUUAAAGACUCGGAACCGGCCACGCCGAGCACGCUCCCCUGUCCUGCAAACAGGAUCCGACCCCCGGCUAACGAAAACUCUCCCGACGCCCCGCUAGCCACACAGAGCCUGGUGCGACUCUGACUUCGCAUUUGACGCGGUUGACUUGAUCCUGCCGAGAAAGAAGCAUUGGCGUGGCUGAAGCGCUUGCCGGGUUCGACCUGUUGCGGCGCGCCUGAUAUCAAAAUGAUGUCAACGGCGCGACUAUGAUCCAAGUUUGCAGUGGUAUCGCUCCCAAAUCCAACACCU